AUGGGGUGGACACUUCGCUGGUCCGGUGAUGCUCCUAGGUGGGCUGCGGCCCAGCUGGCGCCACGCUUACAACAGCCACGUCAUUUACUUUUUUUCGUUCGGAAUAAUCAAGCGCCGCUGCGAACGUUUUCCAUUCCCCUCUCCCUCCAGCGCCCAAAUCGAUCCCCACCCGCUGCCGUAAGCAGUCCUCCCUGCGGGACAUGGGAGAGAGCGACCAAGCGUCAGCGCACGAGGAGGUCAUACGCCGGCGACGCGGCGGGCUGGCUCUACCCUCGCCGGAGUCGCGGCGCGUCGGAGACGAGGCAGGCGGCGUCGGGUAGCAGCUCUUCCGGGACCCAACAUCGGGACGCGGCGGGCUGGCUCUGCCCUUGCCUGAGUCGCAGCGCGGCGGGGACGAGGCGUGCUCUUGCUGUGCCCUCGCUGGAGUCGCGACACGACGGAGACGAGGCGGGCGGCGUCGGGGAGGAGCUCUUCCGGGACCCAACAUCGGGACGCGGGCCGGCGACGAGGCCGGCUGAUCUGUCCUCGCCGGAGUCGCGAUGCGACGGAGAUGAGGCGAGCGGCGGCGGGGAGAAGCUCCAUCGGUGGUGCAGGGGCCGGAUCUGGCAGAAAAUCAGGCCGAAGGCCGCCGACGCGAUGGGAGAAGGGGCGGGGAAGAGGCGGAGGCUCGCCAGACGAGCUCGGCGUCAGCACCAGCACGCUCGUCGGGGAGUGCGUCGAGCAGCAGCAGGCUCGAUGGAGAAGGGCGGCAUGCAGGGGAGAGGCGGAGGCUCACCACCAGCACGCUCGCCGGGGAGUUCGGCAAGCAGCAGCCCACCACCAGCAGGCUCGCUGGGAUUCAUUCACCUCUUCUGCACUUUGAGCUACACCAAUCAAUUUUCACUCAAACGGAGCACAGAACUUGUAAAACCGAUGGCAAUUUAUGGUGUGCUUCCCAUGGCAACUUAAGUUUCGAUGUGUGCAAAUUA